CGGGGUGUCAAGUUCGAUUGCCGGGCUGAAACCGGUAACCGAGCACUCCAGCACGUUGUGAAGCCGCUAGCGUUUCUGGCUGCCGCCGAGGUGAUCUAAAGAAAUCACUUGUUUCUAGAUUGAGGAUUUUUUUGAUAGUUGACCCACAGAUUUCCAGCUGACCAAAGAAAUGGUGAUGGAGAAGCCAAGUGCCCAGCUGGUCGGGCGAGAGUUUGUCCGACAGUAUUACACACUGCUGAACCAGGCCCCCGACUACCUGCACAGGUUCUAUGGAAAGAACUCGUCCUACGUGCAUGGCGGCCUGGACAACAACGGCAAACCCGUGGAGGCCGUGUACGGCCAGUCGGAGAUCCACAAGCGGGUGAUGGCUCUGAGUUUCCGCGAAUGUCACACAAAGAUCCGGCACGUGGACGCCCACGCCACGCUGAACGAGGGCGUGGUGGUGCAGGUGAUGGGCGAGCUGUCCAACAACAUGCAGCCCAUGAGGAAGUUCAUGCAGACCUUCGUGCUGGCGCCUGAGGGAACCGUCGCAAACAAAUUCUACGUCCACAACGACGUGUUCCGCUACCAGGACGAGGUGUUCAGCGACUCUGAUUCCGAGGCCCCAGAAGAAUCUGAGGACGAGGUGGAGGACAUCGAGGAGAGGGUCCCCUCCCCCGACAUCGCUCAUGAGGAGUCGGCCUCCUUCUACGCCCCCACAGCCUGUUCAGAGCCGGCGAUCCCCGGGGAUGACGAGGACGAGGAGGAAGAGGAAGAAGAGGGGGAGGCGGCAGCGGCGAGUCCAGAACCCGAGCCGGAGAAGGCGCCCGCUGUCGUGGAGCUGAAACCGGAGACGCAGGCGGAGACAAACGCCUCCGACGACCAGAAGCAGAAAAGCACCACGCCCGCCGCCGCCACGCCUGCCCCUGCGUCCGCAGAGCCCGCCCCCGCCGCCCCAGAGGAAAACCGGCCGUUCUCCUGGGCCUCCGUCACCAGUAAGAACCUCCCUCCCAGCGGGGCGGUCCCAGUCUCAGGAAUCCCCCCACACGUCGUCAAAGCCCCGCCCACAGCACCGCCCAGAGCCGAGGUGAAGUCAGAGUCGCAGACGGCAGCACAGAGACCCCAGAGGGACCAGAGGCCGAGGGAGCCGAGGCCCGGGGGCCCCCCGCCGGUACACAGAGGACCCCGACCAGUCCGGGAAGGCGAGCAGGGGGAGCAGGAGAGUCGCCGGGCCGUCCGGUACCCCGACGCCCAGCAGCUCUUCGUGGGGAACGUCCCUCACGACGUGGACAAGACUGAGCUCAAGGAGUUCUUUGAGCAGUACGGCACCGUCCUGGAGCUGAGGAUCAACAGUGGGGGGAAGCUGCCCAACUUUGGCUUUGUGGUGUUUGACGACUCUGAACCGGUGCAGAAGAUCCUCAGCAACCGGCCCAUUAAGUUCCGAGGCGACGUGCGGCUCAAUGUGGAGGAGAAAAAGACCCGGUCGGCCCGUGAGGGCGACAGGCGGGACAUCCGGCCCCGUGGCCCAGGAGGCCCCGGUGGCCCCCGGGAGCGGAUCGGAGGCAGCGGUGGAGGAGGAGGACCCCGAGGACCCCCCACCCGUGGCGGCAUGGCACAGAAGCCCAGCUUUGGCUCUGGGCGGGGAGCCGGGCCCGGCGAGGGCCGCUACCCGGCCCAGCGCCAGUGAGGAGAACCAACCCAACCCCCCCCCCCCUCAGAGUUAGAUUAACGAUCCGGAUUAAACUGAUGGUUUUUGGUAUUUUUUUUUUUAACUGCAGCAGGAACCAAUUAGACAAACGUGUAAUAUAAGAAACCUCCUUCACGCUGCAGCUUAGGAGCAGAAACAAGUGUCAGUUUCAAGUCAGUUUGGGACGCCGCUGCUUUCUGCCCCCCCUCGGUCUCUCUUAACGUGAGCACACAAGUCUUUUAACGGGGUUUCUGUUGGUGUGAAGCAGGUUUGGUCGAGCGCACAGUCUACAUGACUCCUCCUCUUCCUCACCUGCUGCUCGUUUCCCUCUGAGGAAUCCAGGCUGUCACUCCUCACAUUUUGAUGUUUUAUUUGUUUUGUUUUUAAUUAUCUGGUCUCCAUUGAAUUUUUUUUUUUUUUUUUUCUUCAUGCUGAACUUGAAUUUAUUAAACAAAAGUCAAAGCACGCAAACGCCUGAAACAAGAAAGAAAAGGGUAAAUACUACUUGAAUUGGGGAUUAAAACACCCAGAGGUUAGGUAUUUUUUUUUCGCGUUCUCUCCCUGUUUCUUAAAGGAACGUGUACUUUACUGCUCGGGCAAUCCUGUGUAUUGCUGCCACCGUUGUAUCUAGCGAUGGAUCGGUCUUUAUCUUUUUACUCUAUCAGGUCAAGAGCUGAACUGUAGUUUUUAUUUGAGUAAUGUUUGCUUGUAACGUGCAGAUUCACGGGCGCGUCUUGUACAUCCAAUCCUAGUCGGGCUUCUGCUACCAAUGCACUUCAUUCGUCAUGUUUAAAAACAAAAGAGCUCACCUGCCGAUGAACUAAAUUAAAAGUGAUUUACUGUUUUAAA